CGGUGAAAAUAUUGUCUGACAAUAAUCCGGUCCAUGGCGCAAAAAAGGUUGGGGACCGCUGCUCGAUACCACCACGGGCAAGACCAAAAAGCAGUCAAAGGAUGUCAGGGACAAGAUUGUAGACCUGCACAAGGCUGGAAUGGGCUACCAUCAGCAAGAAGCUUGGUGAGAAAGAGACCGCUGUUGGUGUGAUAAUCCGAAAAUGGAAGAAGUCAAUCACCCUCGCUCUGGAGCUCCAUGCAAUAUCUCACCUGAUGGGUAAGCAUGAUUCUGAGAAAGGUAAGGGAUCAGCCCAGAAUUACAUGGGAUGAGAGUGUUAAGAGAGCUGAAACCAGAGUCACCAAGAAAACCAUUGGUAACACACCAGUCUCUCUCUGCUCAAGAAAGCACAUGAACAAACCCGCCUGAAGUUUGCAAAUGAACAUCUGAAUGAUUUAGAGAAGGUUUUGAAGAAUGCGAUGUGGUCAGAUGGGACCAAAAUUGAGCUUUUUGGCAUCAACUCGACUCGCUGUGUUUGGAGGCAGGAAGACUUCACCACCAUCUUGGAUGAGAACCUUCUGGACUUCUAGCCAGAACACUGAAGAUGGGUCAUGGAUGGGUCUUCCAGCAUGACAUUGACAAAACAUAUGGCCAAGGCAACACUCUGAUGGUCUUGUAGCCCAUUCCAGACUUGUGCAGGUCUACAACCUUGUCUCUGACGUCCUUUGACAGUUCUUUUGUCAUGCACAUAGUGGUGGAGAGGUUUAAAUAAAAAGCUAGCUCCUACUCAUUUAUUCAGUGCUAAGAUCCAAAAUGGCCCUAGCAAACCGAGGUGAUUUCCGUUACAUGAUCAGCGGUAAACUGUCAUCAUCUGAGCUUUUUUAAGCUCGGCCUGAACAUUUUGAAACAGAAUUGUUGACUGUUGACACCGUGGGCAAAAAAUAAAGCGUGGAAAGACAAACAGAACGAUGCAGUCAUUGUACUGACAGGCAGCAUUUCACCAAGUGUGCCAACCAUGAGAACAAUAACCUUCCUUGUGUCAGACGCAUUAUAAUGCUGGAGGCGUUGCCAUAACGUUCUCCCUUUACCCUAUUUAUGACCCCUGUGACAUGCUAGUGAGUAGUCUAGCUUUGCCCUCACUAGGGUGCUAGUAAGUUCUGCCCUUAUACCUUCCACCUCAUGCUACACUCAAUGUGGGAAAACUGUUCAGUGUGUUCCUGGAGGGUAAAUUGCACAAGUUGAAUUCUACAUGGGAGCCACGUGAAACAAAACAUAUUAUUCAAAAAUUAUUCUGAAUAAACACUUGAAUUAACAAUCAUUUGAGCACUUCAUGUUUCCCUUCCCCGUGUAACUGUAAAGUCUUUCUUUCAGACGUGCCCCAGGAAGUUUUGGUCGAACCGACCAAAGAUGAGCUAAUGUCAGGGACUGAGGUCUCUAAAGUAGAGAGCGCCCCUUCUGAGGAUCAUGGUGAUGAAGAGCUCGCUUUAUCACAUGAGUUUCCUCAGGAUGAGACCAACUCUGUUAAUGAGGAGGAGCAAUGUGAGGGGUUGGUGGAUUCUGCAGAAGCACACGGAGAAGCUCAGCAUGCAUCUGCUCCGGCUGAUUCAAACGGGCAGAGUGCAGGAGGACCUACAGGUACAUCUCAAACAGCUCAAGUCAAGACCGACAAUGACACUGAGAAACGGACUCCAGGAAGCAGGCCUUACGCAGCUGGAACGAAAAUCCCUGCAAUGACCCCUCCUCAGUCUGUAAAAGUGGAUUCGAAGAAACCAGUGAAAAAUGGAAAAGAUUCGCCCAAGACCCCUGAAGCAAGUGGCCAAAGUAGUCCUGGCACCCCUAAGUCACCUGGCAGCAAGAGUAUCGGUGAUAAAACCCAAGUACCAAAGGAUAUGAAGAAGGUUGCUGUGAUCCGCAGUACCCCCAAAUCUCCUGGCUCCCUGAAGAACCGUUCUCCAGCACCUCUGGCUGCGGUGCCCCUGCCUGACCUGAAGAAUGUGCGCCCCAAAGUCGGUUCUACUGAAAACAUCAAGUACCAGCCCGGAGGAGGCCGGGUCCAAAUUUUUGAUCAGAAGCUGGACUUUAGUAAUGUUCAGUCUAAGUGUGGCUCCAAAGACAAUGUCAAACAUGUACCCGGAGGUGGCAAAGUCCAGAUUCUUGAUAAGAAAGUGGACUUCAGUAAUGUUCAAGCUCGAUGUGGUUCUAAAGACAACAUAAAGCACAUUCCUGGAGGAGGCAAGGUGCAAAUUCUCGAUCAGAAGCUGGACUUUUCUAAUAUUGAGUCUAAGUGUGGCUCCAAAGACAAUAUCAAGCAUGUAGCUGGAGGGGGCAAAGUUCAGAUUCUCGAUCAGAAGUUGGACUUGACUAACGUGCAAGCUAGGUGUGGUUCUAAAGACAAUAUGAAACACACACCCGGAGGUGGCAAAGUCCAGAUCGUUCACAAAAAAAUAGACUUGAGCAAUGUGCAGGCGAAAUGCGGUUCAAAAGAUAAUAUCCACCACAAGCCAGGAGGUGGAAAUAUUGAGAUCAGAUCCGAGAAACUGGAAUUCAAGGCGCAAUCAAAGAUCGGCUCUCUAGACAACAUCGGCCAUGUGGCUAGAGGUGGUCAAAAGAGGAUUGAGACACAUAAGCUGAUGUUCCGCGAGCAGGCGAAGGCGCGGACUGACCACGGCGCCGAGAUCAUCUCUCUGGAAGAGUCUUCACAGCAGCUCAGCACGGUUUCCUCCUCUGGCAGCAUCAACAUGGCUGACCCACCUGAGCUCUCCACCCUCGCAGAUGAGGUGAGCGCCUCGUUGGCCAAGCAGGGCUUGUGAUAUCUCCCCUACCAACGUCCUCUCUCCUCUCCUCAGUCCGAAACCCACCUGUUACAGCCACCUACGGACAUACGACAAGUCUUCAUCUUUCCACCAGUUCCAUGGCGGACGAGGAGCCUGUGUAUCAAGGAGCCCUUGCGAGUCAUUGAUUUGGAUUCCCAGCUGACUGCACCAUGAAUCUCUUUCAUUGAGUGAUCCUUUGACAUAUCCUCUAAGCGUUUUGUUUUUGUUUAUGAUCGAUCCCAGUUUCACGAAAUCGGAUUAAUAUUAGAUUUGGAUAGUCUGGAAAGAAUGGGAUGACAAAAUGAAAGGUCUUACAUUCAAUUGGUUUCACAACAGAGCAAACGGUCUCCAAAACACCGAUAGCAAGAAUUCUAAUAUUGACCUAUGGGCACUACAGAAGUAGGAGCAAGUAUAUUAUAAUAUCCUUCCAGACGUCCAUCUUAGGUCAGGAUUCAUCACGCAGAGGGAUAUUAUCUAAAUGGAAAAAAAAGGAUUGAUAAAGGGUUUUUGGUUUUUAGAUAAAUCGAGCUUCAUGUAAACUAAAUAGUGUUCAUCCGACACUUUUCUUACAGUAUUAUUCUGUGCAUAUGAAAUGUAUUUGAUAUGGGAAGAAAAAAACAAAACAAACAAAAAAAAAAAACGUGUCAAGCCUGCUGGCAGUCUUAAGUUUUUCUUUUUCUUUGUCAGUCCUACAAAAGUGCUAUUUACCAGUGUGCAGCACUUCGGUGAUAUUAAUUUGCUCCUGUUUUUAUAGCUGUAUGCUAACGUUACGCAUUUUCACCUUCAUAAACUACGGUGUUAGUAUUGAACAUUUUGUACACCAGAGGUCCCAAAACUAAGGCCACCCCACUUGAAACGUUCAUACUAAAAAAAAAACUCAAAAGGUUUUCCCAUUUCGGGUCCACCGUCAUUAUGAGGAAAAUCACUGACACAAAGUGCUCUUUGUUUUCAGACUUGAGACUGCGUGCUGCACAGAGAGCGCUAUAUUAUAUUUAUGAUUUAUACUUUAUAAAUUAUAUAAUUAUAUUUAUUAAUUAAUAUAGUUAUAUUUAUUUCAUUUAGCACUUUUUUUGUAAUAAAGUUCAGUACUAUUUCACAUGGAGUCUUAUGUUUGUUUUUUAUCAAGUAUCCAUUUGAAAAACUAUUUAUCAUUUGAUUAAUCAGGAUGCCCGAUCCAAUCUAUUUUUCGGUAUCGGUAAAAUCCACUCUCGAUUGAUGUCUAGUUAUUAACGUAGUCUAAUUAUUUGUUAGAUUUAUGCACCAACCAUAUGUCUAAGUACUUUUUAUUAUUAUUAUCUUGAUAGUAAUAAUAAUAAUACUCCUUUGUCUGUAUGGUGCAUAAUAAUAAUAAUUAUUAAAAUAAAUUAAUGAAUAAAUACAUUUAAAAUCAUAAUAAAAUCU